GCCACCUGCUAACAAAUAUGAAAAGUACAAAGUAAAUUCGGGAUUAAUUAUGGCGUUAAAGCUCCGGCUUCCGUGGUGACAAAUACCAAAGAUGCUGCAAAGAACAAGCUAGAAAAGUAUAAGAGGCAGACAAAAAUCUCCAUGUAAUGUCCAGAGAACUUUCAGUCUCAAAUUCAAUCCAAAUCAAACAAUGUCCACUACUUAUUUAAUCGUCGGUGCCUCUAGGGGAAUUGGCUUCACUUAUGUCAAACAUUUGGCUUUAAACAAGUCUAAUUUGAUUAUUGCGACUGCGAGAAACGAAAAUGCGGCUGCAAAAUUAGAAGCACUCGGUCCAAAUGUCAAGACUAUUUUGAUAGAUAUGCAAGACCCUUAUUCCAAGUUUGAAACUUCUUUCAAGCAGCUCGAGACAUUGGCUCCAUCCGGGGUAGAUGUUUUUAUUCAAAACGCUGGUAUUUCGGGACCUAGCUGUUUCGCUCCUCCUCAAGAAUAUGAAGUUGAUGCUUAUGAUGAAAUCCUUGCCAUCAACAUUGGAGGUUCUGCAAAAAGUUACAAAGCAGCUUAUCCUUACAUUUUCAAGGGAGAGGGAACCAAGAAGAUUGUGUUCACUACCAGUUUACUUGGCCAGUUGGGUUUCCCAAUGGCAGCUCAAGCUUAUGCGGUUUCCAAAGCCGGUAUCAACCAUUUGGGGUACCAAGUAGCUCUCACCAACGCCAACUCUGAAGAUGUUUUGGCCAAGAACUCUGUUACAAUUUUGUUGCACCCAGGUAUUGUUGAUACCGAUAUGACUACGGCUCUGGCUGAUAAUAGGGAUAAGGUUGACGCUUCCUUGUUUAUUAGUCAAGAUGAGUCUGUCACAGGUACUUUGGCUCUUGUUGACAAGCUCACUUCUGCUGAUAACGGGAAAUUCUUUGAUUACAAGGGUGAAGAGUUGAAAUACUCUGCAAUUUAGUAAAUUGAGUAAUAUGACACUUGUUUU